GGCUAGUGGAUCGGAUGCGCGGAGGCCGACACCGGUAGCUAGCUAGUAGCUAGAUAGUAGCUAGAUGUGAAGGAGGAGAAGUGUCGUAGGACUAUGGACCCGGUGAACAAUGCUGAGACAGGAGAGACAGAAACCGAACUGGAGCCGUGCUACGUUCUCAUUCCGAAAGAAACGCGGUGCAAGAAGAAGGAGCAGGAAAAACUGUCCGGAGUCGUCAAGAACGUCCAUAGAAAACUGCGAAGAAAAUACCGAGAAGUGGGUGAUUUUGAGAAGAUCUGGCGAGAGCACUGUGAAGAUGAACAGACUCUGAGUGAAUACGCCCUGGCUAUGAGGAACCUGGCUGACAACCACUGGGCCAAGACCUGCGAGGGAGAGGGACGCAUCGAGUGGUGUCGCAGUGUUUGCCAGGAGUAUUUUCAGGAUGGUGGGAUGAAAAGAAUGUUGGAGAAGGAUGAGAAGAGUGCCAGGCUUGCCAUGGCCAUGUCGGCCACAGCUCUGAGUGACCAGCCCUAUAGCUCCUCUAUCCCCAGGUCCGUCCCCCAGCUUGGUAAAAUGCGGCUGCUGGACGUUGGCAGCUGUUUUAACCCCUUCCUGAAGUUUGACGAGUUCCUCACAGUCGGUAUUGACAUAGUGCCUGCGGUCGAGAGUGUAUACAAGUGUGACUUCCUCAACCUCCAGCUCCAGCAGCCUCUGCAACUGGCUGGUGACACAGUGGAAGCCUUCCUGAGACAGCUGCGUAGCCCCAUUGACGCCCUGCCCGCCCAGCUCUUCCACGUUGUGGUCUUCUCCCUGCUCCUCUCCUACUUCCCCUCGCCUUACCAACGCUGGAUCUGCUGCAAGAAGGCCCACGAGCUGCUGGAACUGCACGGCCUGCUGCUCAUCAUCACCCCAGACUCCUCUCACCAGAACCGCCACACCUUCAUGAUGCGCAGCUGGCGCGUGGCGGUGGAGUCGCUUGGCUUCAGGCGCUGCAAGUACAUCAAGUUCUCCCACAUGCACCUCAUCGCCUUCCGCAAGGUGUCCCUGGCCACCACCAGCGACCUGGUCAGCCGUAACUACCCCGAGAUGCUCUACAUCCCUCAGGACUUCCAAUCCCCCGAGGAGGAGGACUACACCGACGUGCCAGUUCAGGCGCGCUCUGACUUUGAGGAUGACCAGCUGGCAUGGGGCUUCAUGGAGCUGCCCGACACGCCAUAUGACUCGGAUAGCGGAGAGAGCCAGAGCAGCUCUGUGCCCUUCCUACAUGAGCUGGAGGACCCCAUUCUACUGCAGAGCUGAGCUAGACCAGCUAAAACCCUACUAGCUAGUCUCUUCUUUUUUACCAGUUCCAAUUCGAUCCCUACCACUCCUCUUGGCCAUAACCCUUCAAUGUUUGCAGAUCUGUAACGUGGAAGCAAUAUGGGUGACGCUUUAACGCCACACUGCUUAUACCUAUCCAGAGCCUUCAGACAUGCAACAUCGAGUGGUUAGGCCCAAGGGGGAGGGAUACAGUCUGUCUGUACCCAACUGCUGCGCUACCAAAUGAACCUGCUGCAUUCUUCUCUCACUCCUCUUCCUUAACUAAACAAUGCAGUUUGCACAGAGUGAAAGAAAAAGACGUUUACAGAAGUCAGUUGUUUAUUUUUUCGAUAUCUUCGAUGGUUAGUCACUCAACACAAUACACACACACACUUCAGUAAAUAAGGUAGUUUAAAAAAAAAUAAGAACUUGGUAGCUGAAUACCCUCAUGAUAGACUGAGAGUAAUUCUGCCCCUUGUUUUUUAUCCCAUCUUUGAUCUCACUCUCUACUAACAGAAGAAAAGCAAUCUUUACUCCUUCAAAGGCUUUAUCUUAGUAGUUAAACAGUGAAUGUGCUUCAGUGCCAGCAAGCCGCUGACUUUAAAUCCCUCUUAAAUGGACUGAUACCACAGAGGUUUGUCACGUUUGGUUGGAGUGGAGCGACUGAGAUGUUAGUCAGGUGAGGCUAGACUUUCUCUAAUUCUUGGUGUGCAUUUUAAUUUUCAAAAAAAAAAAAUACGAAAAAUACAUUGUACUCUCAGCCAAAAUGUUUUGAUUUGUUCCCUUUUGAACACUGGUCUUGUCCAACACCAUGUGUGAAAAUGGUGUUUUAAUUCUGCAUUUUUUUUGGCUGAUUUCAUGGCUCUUUUACAAUAGAUUUGUAGCAUUUUUAGAAGUUUAAGAUAGGUGUAUGUAAUUACUUUUACUAAUGUGAAACUGUUAACCGUGUUUUUUUCAUUGUGUAACAUGGUACGAGUUGUGAAAUAGUCAUUGCUCUCUUUUCUGUGCUGGUGUGAAGAAACUGGUUUUAAUCAAUGUUAAUUUACCUUCUAUGUUGUAACCCAGAAGAUUUAGCAUUUUUUGUCAUUACAUCCUUAUUUGUAAUCACUUUUAUUUUUUUAUUUUUUACUGUAACAAUAUUUAGGCUACAUUAUCAGAUCAAUAAUAGGUCUGGAUUAAUGUCUUUGCUUCUUUUAUAGGUAGCUGGUAGCUUCUCUGGGUACUGGUAACAUAUUCCGAAAAAGAAGACUGCCCACACUCUGUCGACGUGUCCUUGAGCAAGGCACUUAACCCUAAUUUACUCCAGGGGCACCGUACUAUUAUGGCUGACCCUUUUAAAACAACACAUUUCACUGCACCUAUCCGGUGUAUGUGGCGAUAAAACACAUCUUAUUAUGUCCACUGAAGUGAAACAGGUCGACCAAGAGACCAGCUCUAGCUGUCAAUUGCUGUUCAUCUCUCUUCCUAUACUCUACGUCGUAUCUGAGGACAGUAACAUUUGCCUUUAGCAUUUUUACAUUUUUGUCAUUUAGCAGAUGCUCUUAUCCAGAGCGACUUACAGUAGGUAGUAAGUGCAUAAAUUUUUUUACACUUUUUUCAUACUGGUCCCCCGUGGGAAUCAAACCCAUAACCCUGGCGCUGCAAGCGCCACUCUCUACCAACAGCUACAUGGGACUAGCAUUAGUCAUUUCUGAAUUAAAAAAUAGUAAUUGUUUUUGUAUUUACUUUUUCCAUUUAUGGGUUGCUAGUAUAGGUGUAGUAUCAACAAGUACUGAGUCAUUCGUUGCAUCAGUAAGUACAUUUGACUAUCGCUUUACACAUGCAAGUACUAAAUGUGUACUCUGCUUAAGUUUUAACUCCAAACAAUUCAAAAUGAUCUUGUUAUGAGCGCUCAUACAAUUCCAAAUGAUUCACCUCAAUGAGGUUUUGCACUAAUACCCUGCUGUCUCAUUAGUCAUGCAACUUCUGAUCCCAUCAAAGUGCAUUUUAGCAAUAGCCAGGUGUAUCCUGAAAGUACUGUAUCUUAUGGGGAAUGGUAUUUAUGUUCCCCUUUUUAGUGUGGAUGUGUGUUUGUCGUAAUGUACUUGUCUGUGGCACUUUACUUCAUAAAUAGUAGAUGAAUCUCUCAGCUGCAAUGAGUCAUGUGAUUCCUGUCAUGGGGGAUUUAGGAUUAUGUCUCCCAAAUGCCAUCCUAUUCUUUAUGGGCCUUGCUCGAAACUAGUGCACUAUAUGGGGAAUAGGGUGCCAUUUGGGAUACAAACACAAACAACCAUAGUCUUAUUAGUAUAAACAGUAUGAUGUACAUCAGGAUACCUGAAAUCCUAAAGGUGCCUUCUUACUUAUCGCCAGUAAUGUUUUUGCAAUCCUGAUUCUCAUGCCAUACUGAGUUGGAAAACUCACACUUCACUUGGCAGCAUACAACGGGCCUCGUUUGCCAAAUGUUUAUGUGCAACUGUCCAAAUGAGCUACCUACUACCAUCUACCACUGCAAAGUAUCAUUGCGUCAAUGUUUUACCGGAAGAACAAUGUAUUUUGUUUAAAUUUGUCAUUUUUCAUUAAUAAUUACAUUGCGUUCAACUUGCUCUAAAUCUGUUAACUUUCUGGUCAGUUCAUGUUUGGUGUACUUUCAACUAUUUCUCUUUAGUAACAGAAAAUACAUUAAUCAUUAUAGUUCAUUUUCUUGAGCGUUGUCAAUUGUACCAGUUAGCAUUUAGGGAUACAUCUCAUGUCUUCCAAGAUUUUAAGUCCAUUACUUGCAUGAAUAGCUUAAUUUUCAGUAUUAAGGAUUUCGACAACGUGUGCAUUUCUUUUCUUCUCUCUUUUAUAAAUGAAUGGAAAUGCA